AUGACCUCGGAAGGCAUGCGCCCCAGGGGUCGACCAGCCCACACCCCUGGGUCUACGGUCCUCACAUACACCCCCAAUGGUCGCUACAUCGUCACCGGCGGCUCAAAUUCUGCGAUCCGGAUCUACACCGUUGGACAAGAUGGCGAGCCGAAGACGAUCGACGAAGGGAAUGAUGGACACUUGGGAAUUGGCGCGACAAAUGACUCGUUUAUCAUGGGCGCGGAAGAUGGCACGGUCUGGCAGUAUGAGGUCGGAUCCGGCAGGAUGGAGAAGCUCCUUGUGCGAUGCGCGUUGCCCGUGCGGGACAUUGCUGUGUCGAGGGAUGGCGAGUGGGCUGCAGUUGCGAGCGAUGAACUCACGGUGAAAAUCGUCAACAUUGAGGAUAUGACUAAAGUCAAGUACCUCCGGGAACAGACGAAAGGGUCGAAACAUAUCACGUUCGACCCGAACGGACGAUUUAUUGCGGUGUCUUGCACGGAUGGCAUCGUCUACAUUUACUCUCUGGACACCGACGAGCCCCAGCUGGUGCAGAAGCUGGAUGGGGUGAUCCGCCGACUGGAGCCGGAAGAUGAAGCGACCUCUCGCAUCGUGUGGCACCCGGACGGCACGGCCUUUGCGUCCGCCGAGGCGACUCGGGAUAUAUCGAUUUACUCGGUGGGCGAGUGGAAGAAGGAGAAGACUUUCUCGAACGGACAUAAUGGCGAUAUCACAGCCAUGAGCUGGUCGCCCAACGGCGCGCUUCUCAUGACGGCCGGAUCGGACGGCCAGAUCCUGUUGUGGGAGACCAAGACUCAGAAAGUUCUGAAGCAGUACGACUUUGCGAAUGUGAUCAACCUUGCGUGGCAUCCCUCGCACAACUCCGCGUCGUUCACCACCUCGGACGGAGAACUGUUCAUAUACGAAGGCUUCGUGCCGAGCGAGCACCAGCCGCUGCUGCAGAAGCCGCUCCAGGCUGCGCCCAUUUUCCCGGGGCCGCUGACUGAGAUCUCCGACAAUGUGAGACGGCCGUUGGCGAACCGCCCGAAGGAGUCUGUGGAACAGAGACGAGCCGGCACGCCUGAUUCGCUGGACGAUCUGCUGGCCUCUGACCAUGGCAUGGAGGAUUUCGUGGAGGACGACGAUGGAGCGGGUUAUGCGGAGGGAAUUAAUGCGUACGGCAAGCGCACGAACGGACACUUGGAUGACAUCCAGGGACACGCGGAUAAGCGGCUGUUGACUUCGUUGUCCAAGCCUAAGGUUCACCCGCCUCUUCAGACCGGCAGCACCCCUUGGAGAGGAAACAGACGGUAUCUCUGCCUGAACUUGACCGGUGCUGUGUGGACGGUGGACCAGGAGACCCAUAACACCGUGACUGUGGAGUUCUACGACCGGGAGCUCCAUCGUGAUUUUCAUUUCACCGACCCGUACAUGUAUGAUCGGGCAUGCCUGAAUGAGCAUGGGGCUCUCUUCUCGAACAACCCAGAUGACGGCAGUCCGGCUACGAUAUUUUAUCGACCUCACGAGACUUGGACUACGCGUGCAGACUGGCGGACACAGCUGCCGCAGGGAGAAUACAUUCGAGCGCUGGCGCUCAGCGAGUCCUACAUCGUUGCGGUGACGACUAAAGACUACGUCCGGGUAUAUACGCUGUUCGGAACGCCGUUCAAGGUGUACCGACAGAAGAGUCCCGCGGUGACCUGUGCCGCCUGGCGAGACUACAUCAUGACGAUUGGGAAUGGCCCGGUGGGUAGUGACGGUCGCACUGCCACGCUACGCUACACGGUUGAGAAUGUCAAGCGGGACGAAGUCUGUCAGAACGAAGAUGUGGUUGCCCUGCCCGAGGGGGCGGAGCUGCAUAGCGUCUUCUUUUCUGAUACCGGGGACCCAUGUAUUUACGAUACUGAGGGCGUGCUUCUGGUCCUCCAGCACUGGCGUACUCCCGGACAAGCACGUUGGGUGCCUCUUCUCGACACCAAACAGAUGGAGCGACUGGCCAGCGGACGCAAAGAAGAGACGUACUGGCCUGUUGCGGUUGCGCAGAACAAGUUCCACUGCAUCAUUCUCAAGGGAGGGGACAAAUACCCCUACUUUCCCCGUCCAUUGCUGAGUGAAUUCGACUUUCGCAUCCCGAUCUCCGACACCCCCGGCAAAGACCCCAACGAGGAGGAAGACGGCACGUCGACGCGCAAUGAUGCUGCGCGCUUCGAGGAAGCCUUUGUCCGUGGAAAUGUCAUGCUCUCUCUGUUCCAGGAUCUUCUGUCGUCGACAAAUGCGACGGCAAGUCAGCGUGCGGAGUUGGCCCGAAAGGAGGUGGAGCUGGACAAGCUGCUUCUGCAGAUGCUGGCGGUGGAGUGCCGCGAGGGUGAAGAACGAGGCAUGAAAGCACUGGAGCUGGUGCAUAUGAUGAAGGAUCGCAACGGCAAGAUGGUCGAGGCGGCCGUCAAGGUGGCCGAGCGAUAUGGCCGGGGCGUGCUGGAGGACAAGAUCCGGGAUUUGGCCGAGAAGCGGUACAUGGGGGAGGAUGAUGAUGAACUGGCAUGA